AAGAGGAACGCGCGCAGCGAGGGCUGGGCUUUACGACGGUCGCGUUUCGAGGUUGCGCCGUUUGGAGGAUGGCUGAUGCUGCCUCUCCGCCGCAGCUGCCCGCGUCCGAAGAAGUCGGGGGCGAGUUCAAGAAGCCAGUUGUGCCUGUGCCCCCAGCCGGGCGCAGCAAGACCCCGGCGGACAGCCCCGCGAACCCGGAGGAAGCGAGGAAGGAACAACGUCCCCCGACGCUGCCGGACCUCGACUCUGGGGAGCCGGACGUUCCGCCGCCUCGGCCCGACUGCGGGGAGGCGGGCAGCGAACGGGUGGAGCCGCCCCGGGCCCCGCGGGCACUUUCUUCCCCUGGCUGCCCCGCGAGAGCUCCCCCGUACCAGGUACCAUCGUGGGGCAGCCCAGCCACCGCCCCCUACAGUCUAGAAACCCUCAAAGGUGGCACCAUCCUAGGUACCCGUAGUUUGCAGGGAACGAGCUGCUGCCUCUUCGGGAGGUUGCCUACCUGUGACAUAUCCCUGGAGCAUCCUUCCGUGUCUCGGUACCACGCCGCGCUGCAGCACCGCGCGUCCGACCGCGACGAAGAAGUCGACGGUCACGGGCAGGGUUUCUACCUCUAUGAUCUGGGAAGUACCCAUGGCACUUUCCUCAACAAAACUCGAAUUCCACCGCGCACCUAUUGUAGAGUCCACGUUGGGCACGUUUUCCGCUUUGGAGGGAGCAGCCGGCUCUUUAUCCUGCAGGGACCAGAAGAAGACAGGGAGGCAGAAUCUGAGUUAACAGUAACGCAGUUGAAAGAACUUCGCAAGCAGCAACAGAUGUUAUUGGAGAAGAAGAUGUUAGGCGAUGACUCGGAUGAAGAGGAGGAAAUGGAUACCACGGAAAAGAAGAGAAAUAGUAGUCAAGAGGAUGAGAUGGGUUGCAUGUGGGGAAUGGGAGAAGAUGCUGUAGAGGAUGAAGCUGAAGAGAAUCCCAUUGUCUUAGAGUUUCAGCAGGAACGGGAGGCCUUUUAUAUAAAGGAUCCCAAAAAGGCUCUCCAAGGUUUCUUCGAUCGAGAAGGAGAAGAAUUAGAAUACGAAUUUGAUGAACAGGGACAUAGCACUUGGCUCUGUAGGGUGAGAUUACCUGUGGAUGACUCAACUGGGAAGCAGCUUGUGGCUGAGGCCAUUCACUCAGGAAAGAAGAAAGAAGCAAUGAUCCAGUGCUCUCUGGAAGCUUGCCGGAUCCUCGACACACUGGGAUUGCUGCGGCAGGAAGCAGUAUCUAGGAAAAGGAGAGCCAAGAACUGGGAGGAAGAAGAUUUUUAUGAUAGUGAUGAUGACACAUUCCUUGAUCGGACUGGCCUAGUUGAGAAGAAACGACUAAACCGCAUGAAGAAGGCUGGGAAGAUUGAUGAGAAGCCAGAAACCUUUGAAUCACUGGUUGCAAAGUUAAAUGAUGCUGAAAAGGAGCUCUCUGAAAUUUCUGAGAGGCUCAAAGCCUCAAGCAAAGCUGUAUCAGACACCCCCUGUCAGGAUUCUUUAGACGCGUUCAUGUCAGACAUGAAGGCAGGGAGCACGCUAGACGGGGUGUCGAGGAAGAAACUCCACCUGAGAACCUUGGAACUGAGGAAAGAGCAGCAGAGACUGAAAGGGCUAAUAAAAAUCGUAAAGCCGGCAGAGAUUCCUGAACUGAAAAAAACAGAACCUCAGACCACAGAUGCAGAAAACAAAGCCAAAAAACUUACGUUGCCUCUUUUUGGUGCCAUGAAAGGAGGGAGCAAAUUCAAAUUAAAAACUGGAACAGUUGGGAAGUUGCCCCCUAAGCGUCCAGAACUCCCUCCAGCUUUAAUGAGAACAAAGGAUGAACCUGAAGUAGAAGAGGAGGAGGAAGAGGAGGAAGAGGAGGAGAAAGAAAAGGAACAAGAAAACAAAAUGGAGGAUGGAAGCAGUCAAUUGCUGCAGGAGACAGAGACCGAGCCAGAAGCAGCAGUGCAUGACCCAAGCACUUCCAGUGAUCUUACAUGUCCUAAGGAAACAAAAAGCAAUGAAUGCCAAGUGGAACAAGACAAAGAUUAUCAAGAGGUGAACAAAGUAGCUUCAUCACAUGAGGAACCCUCAGCAUCAGAAAAUGAAUAUGAGAAAAGCAGAAAUGUAUUGAAGAAAAAGAAAGCUCCUGGCCCAGGCAAAUUUCCACCCAUGCUUUCUUCCAAAUAUCCAGAAGAUGACCCAGACUACUGUGUGUGGGUUCCGCCUGAAGGUCAAAGUGGAGAUGGCAGAACUCAUCUUAAUGACAAGUAUGGCUAUUGACAGCUUCAGAACCUCAGAGGAAGACCCUGUGGACCAAAGGAUGUUAAGGGUGACCUGUCCCGUUGUAUGCUGGAGAAGCUCACAUGAGGGCUUAUCCAACCUAAUGACUGGCCUCUUCUAUGCUCUUGGUUUCCUUAAUUUAUCCAUCUGAUGCUCCUAUUUUGGUAUUUAUAUUUACAAAUGUUUGUGUAUAUAUGUAAAAAGGGAACCGUAUACUUUGAGAAUUAGUAAAGUGAGACACAUGAACCUAUUAUAAAAUGAGGUGCUGAUGUCCCUAAUGUUGAUUUAAGGUCAAAGGCUCUUUGAUUAAAUGCCUAUGCUGGAUGAUUUACAUACUGAAAAUGUAUGAUCCUUGGGACCCAACAUUGGGUUCCAAAACUGCUGACGCAAAACACAGCUCUCCCCUCAAAAGGAAUAAGUGAUAGUUUAUUCUGGGCUAAAUAUAAAUGAUCAUGGCUCAGGGACACAGAUAUAGGUUGCUACGGAUCAUGUAGUCCACUGUGAAGACAGUUACAUGAGCUUUCAUUAGUCACAGAAUGAAAGAAGUCAUACAACGUUCCUUGGCGGGAGCUCCAGGCAGGUGAAUUAAAGCAGAGUGGACGGAAACUUUGAUAUGGAGGUCAGAUGCUAUCUUACGACAUUCUUCUUAGCUUUUGGACUGGUGGAAGCCAGUAGUCUGCUGAGAAUACAUACUGUUUUAAUGUU